AUGCCCACGAAGCUUGAACAUUGGUUAAGGAGACCGACGACCCUCUACUUGAUCAGAAAUCGUUCAUUCGUUCCUCGGACCAUACCGUUUACGCCUGUCAAGAAUGGUCAGCCGUACCGGUGCUUUGCAAAGCACCUGCAGAGUUCAGCAUCACGAAGGACUUUCACCCAGAACGCUUGCCUAGACGAAGGCCUUGAAGCCACACAGCCACGACAUGGUGACAAUCAAUCAUCGCCUAUCCCGAAUGACAACCGACUACAUUUGGCCGCCAAUCAACUCCACCCCGAACACACUAACAUCAGCGAAUGCCUCAAGCGUGAACCGAUCGAACUACCCUUGAUGCUACCCGACCCUUCGGAGAAUCCAAAAGCGUGGACAGAAGCUUUAAAAAAGCAAGGUCGAAUUCAUGGCAUUAAGGGUGUACUUCACGUGUGGUCGGAGCGAGAGAGACAGGGUUACAAGUUGCCUACUCAAGGACACGACGCCGAUUCUUUGUGGACUACCUUGUUCCGCGCCGUCAUUGUCAAAGAUGCGAGAGCAGAACAUAAGCAGUUGUUCAAGGCCAUCUACCGCCACGCGCUGGAACCACAAAGGGCAAAGGAAUUGCGCUGGCCAGGCAUUUAUGUCUGUGUGGUGGGAUUGUGGCUACGCAUCGAGCCGCGCAAGGCUCGCGUGACUCACAAACAAUUGCUUAAUGCUUUCGACUGCUCCAAUGUCGAUUUACGAGAUCUCGCGCAAGAUUGUGUUUUCAGCUACGAUUCCGCACUCGCCUUUUCAACGUUUCGAUACAUCUACAAAAGCUUCCCAAAUCAGAAACUAUAUGACGCUUUCCUGAGUCCAAUGUUGAGCGACCAUCAUAAUUUUGGUCAAAGGCUCAGCUGGCACAAAUUCUUCACCUCACGGGGAGACUUGCCGAGUUCCGAGCUCUUCGCUCUUCCUUUGAUUCGAGAACUGUUUGCAAAACAAGAUAAACACUCAACUCUACAGGCUCGACCGCCAGACAUCGGUGGAUCUAAUCCUGCCAUAGCCAGACCUCAGGAUCAUCAAUUUCCCGCGCUAACGCGUGCAUCCAUGUCUACCAUCGUGGGCGAUGUUCAUGGGAUCAAGCCGAAAGAAUUUACCGAUGCGUUCGUCGCAAAGCUCCUUGCUACAUGGGCAUUUCCGCUUGACUUUCUGGUUAGCGGUGUCAGUUUUCUCGCUAUCGAAUCACUUGGACCGCAGGCUCUUCAUCAGCUUGCAAUCCGAUGCGGGAAUUGUUUGGUAUUCCAAGAGAAAAUUGACGAGCUAAAACAAUCAGGAAUCGGGCUGCAGACCAACAACUAUUCCCGUGUUAUGGAACACAUAGCUCGUGAAGGUCUGGAGUACAUGUUUCAGACGCUUUUGCUUAGUGACCAGCAUCCCGAUACCUUUGAAGAUAUGAAAGUCCAAUCCGCUCUUCUGCGCGCAUUUCUAAGUAAGGCGGACGUGCAGAAUGCUCAUCUCACACUCAUUGUGCUUUCUUUCAUGAAUGACAAAGGAAACGCGACCGCUUGGAAUGCCGUUCUUGCGCAUAGCAUCAUACGACGUGAUGGAAGUAUGAUUGAGGACACAGUUCGGCGCAUGCGCGAGUUGCACAUCGCUGUCAACCUUGCCAACCUCCAGCUCUUCCGCUCAAAUAUGGUGGGUGUUCGAAAUUCAAGCAAAAGACUGACCAUACACUCGCACGAUCGCCGACGACCCGAACUGCUGAGCGUCUUGAGGCACAUGGCCAUGUUCUCACUUUGCAACGGAGUCAAUGUCGGGCCUAACUUCUGGGUGGAGAUGCUGAAGAGAUACGGCAUGAUUGGGGACUGGAAGAAUCUGGAACCACUCGUGAUUUGGCUAUGUUCGAAGUACGGAAAUCCUCAGGACAACGAUUGGGCGUCGAGAUGCGGUUUGACCAUCGCUGAGUCGCAUCGUGAUCGUCACGUCAUUUUCUCUGGUCAGAUGCUCGCCGCGUUGGUCGUGUGGGGAUUCCGCGCACCUGUCACUCGCAGAUCUUUGAGGCAAACUCAAAACACCUCACCUAGUUCCCGAUCGUCUGCCGACCUUGUGCAACCGGAAUCAUGGGCGAGAGGGAUCAUACUUCUGCGUCGGAUUGAACUUCAAUUCCGGCUGCACACCCUCCCAUCAGCACGAAAAGCAUUUGUGUCGCACAUGUGGAUCUUGUUUGGGCCAGGAUACUCGACACGCGGUGACAACACAACAGCUAUCCGCCGCCAGACUUUGACUUUGCCACAUUAUGUUCUGCAUGCCAACAAGAUCUUUGAGGGCAGACUUUUUCCGGAUGCCGAGAGAAUUUUGCAAGAAUCUGGAGGAACAAACUCGCCGGCGCUGAUGGAGAUGUUGUUCGGCCAGAUGAAAAGCACUAGCAGGCAUCGUCAGGAAGUGGCUGACGUUCGCUCCUUUGCUCGGGACCAAAGUGCCGGCGUCGUGCAUCACAAAAGCUUCAAAGCACGUCACAGGGAGCGCACAUGGUUUAAAAGCGAGUAUAGGCAUCUGCUCGAGAAACGAAAACCACGUCGUGCGAGGCGUAUCUUAGUCUAA